CCCCCCAUCGACCGAGUCAGCCGAGUUUUACGAGUUGUUGAUCGCGCUGGUCAGUCGCCGGGAUCAUAAUUUCGUAUCUGCGAGUUUUACGUCUUGUUUGUGCUGGCAAAGUCGCUGUUCACUUCUGCGUGUCUCGAAUUUAAGUGUGCGGUAUUCAACAAUCAACGGGGAACAUAACCUGCAUCGCUUCUUUUCUGCGUUCCGUUUAUCGUACCUACCUAUCUGGAGAUUUCUUUCUGUCAUUCCGUAUUUCACGGAAAACGGAAGAAUCAUGCAGUGGCAAACUUUUUUGGACGCCGUUAAUUGCAAACUGAGAAAUGGCCGUAUAUUUCAAGAAAUUAAACGAAAUAGACGGUCUGAGUGCGAGGUGAUGUCUUAUCUCAUUGGAGACCCGGACGUCAGAAAAUUGAUGCUGCUAUGGCUGCAGGAGCAGCUUCAAUCUAGAGAAUCGAAAUCAUCGUCAAAAGCGAAACAGCUUAAAGAUCUGGGAAACAAAGAAUUUCAAAGGAAGAAUUACGCCAGUAGCAUUCCACUUUAUACAAAAAGUGCUCAAUAUGCUGUUGCCGAUGAAUUGUCGAUAGCUAUUGCUAAUAGAUCGGCAGCAUUGUAUUAUAUGGAUAAUUUUAAAGAUUGCCUAAAAGAUAUCGAUUUAGCGAUAAACAUCGGCUACCCUAAAAAGUUGCUAUACAAAUUGUAUAUCCGCAAUGCGCAAUGUUACAUUAAAUUGAAAAAUAGAGUAAUGGCCGAGGUAGCUAUCGAAAAAGUUGAGGAAAUUGUUAAUGCUUGCAACGAGAUUUCUGCAGAGAAAAAAGACGAUAUAUUCAAGGAAGUUUCAUUGCUAAAAUCCCUCGCAUCAAAUCUGGAAAAUAUUGCAGAAAAUGAUAGCUCGAGGACACAAUUAUGCCAAAGACCCGAUGUAGCAUUUGAAAGCAAUGCAAAUUUUCCAUUUGCGUCAGCUGCUUUAGACUGCAAAUACACACCACAAAAAGGAAGACAUGUCAUAGCGAAUAGAGACAUACAAAAAGGCCAAGUCUUAUUUGUCGAGAAACCAUUUGCUUUUGUAGUAUUGGAUCAAAAUGAUUCCAGUUCGUUCUGCAGACAUUGUUGCCACCCUUAUGGCGCAAUUCCUAUUCCCUGCAAAACGUGCGUGGGUACGCUCUAUUGCAGUAGCGAGUGUCUCGACAAUGCGUGGUCUGGUUAUCACAAAUGGGAAUGCCCAGGAGCUCAAAUGCGAAUGGGACAACAAAUAGGUAUCGCACACCUUUCUCUGAAAGUUUUACUUGUCGGGUCAACGACAGAGGAUAAGGAAAGAUUCAAUGAGGUUCAAAAGCUAGUCACAAACAUCGACAAAGUAUCCCCUGACGAUCUGCUUGUUUAUGGCAUUACAGCAGUGAUGCUCACUAUGUACCUCUCCAUGUACACUGACUUCUUCACCACUGUGGAUCUCAAGAAAUCAUUCGCCGAUAAGUUUAUUGACAGCAGUAUCGACUUUAACUGUGACGUCACAACCGAGAGCGGCAAACAGUUAUACGUUAGUUCUUUUCUUCUUCGACACACACUGCAAUUGAUAUGUAACGGACAUGCUAUAACAAAACUGAGCCUAGACGCACAGGAGAAUGACAAAGUGGCCACCGUGCAUCAAGAAAGAAUAGCAACUGGAAUUUAUCCUGCUGUGAGCAUGAUGAAUCACUCGUGUGAUCCGAAUAUAAUUAAUAGUUUCGAUGACCAGUAUCUCAUUGUUAAAGCAACAAAAGACAUCCCUGCCGGUGGUGAAGUCUUCAAUUGUUACGGCCCUCAUUUUCGAAGGACACCAAGAGACGAAAGACAGGAAAUUUUGAGAAACCAGUAUUGCUUCACGUGCACAUGCGAGGCAUGCACAAAUCCUGAACUGCAGUAUUUCUUGGAAAGAUUCAGUUCGUUGAAAUGUUUAGAAUGCAACGGAGCUGUAUUCAAAAUUUCCAGUUCUCUCAGCUGUUUUGAUUGCGGGGCAACCCCUGCUCUGAACCAUAACUCUGAACUGCGCGAGGCCCAAAACCUAUUUGAUGCGGCUCAUGUUUGUAUUGAGAUGGAAAACGAUGACGAGGCGUUAAACAAGCUCAAACAGUGCUUGAACAUCAGGCGCAGCAUACUUUACAAGCAUCAUCAGGACAUUAUAAACACUUUAGACCUCAUCGGAAAGGUUUAUGCUAUAUCAGGUAGAUGGCUGGAUUCUAUUUCUUACUUGGAACACGUAAUUACCGGUAUUGGCGAAAGGUUUGGCACCGACAGCAUAGAGCUUGCGAACGAGUUGAACAAGAUCACGGAUAUCUGUCUUCCGUAUUUGCAGGAAGAAACGAACACGAGAACGAAGCAGUAUAAGAACGCGCUGAAGAAGACCCGCAGAUUUUUAGACCACGCUAAACAGAUAAUGGACCUGAAUUACGGUCCGUGGAACUCCGGUUUUCAGGAGAUUGAGAAGAAGGCACAACAGCUAUCCGCAAUCCUGAGAAACUUCAACAUUUAGUCAAUUAUUGUUCCUUGAUCCUAGGUGAUAUCCUGCUGGCUUCACGUGCUGUAAAAGCUCUAGGUCUUGAAGUACCAAUAAUCGUGAAUCUGCGCGUCAGAAUAGCAAAUCCCAAUGACUUUUUUAUUGGCCAUGCCGAACAACCGGUGAAGCUGAACUUAAAAAGCUAGAUAUUCUUGCAAUAGUAUUGUGCAUUUUUAUUUUUAUAAUCUUAGAAAAUUUUACAGGAACAACUGAAGAAACUGAAAGCGUUUAUUCAAAUUAUGACUGGAUUAGCAGUAAAGCAACGGAUAAAUUAUUUAAAACACGAAGUCAAGUUGGUUUUGCGUGGGAAGAAAUCCAACAUUCAUCAUCCAGACGUUGUGCUCUGACCAGUGACUUAAUUUAAUGCUAAAUAAAUGCGGUCUCGUAAAUUGUACGGUUGUUUUAUGUUUUUAUACGAUGUUCAAGUUUUUCAGACAUUAGCGUGAUUUAUCGUGCUUCAUGCACGUAUUCCUUUCAAUAA